AUGGCCUACGUUCAGCGUCAAGCGGAGAUUCAACGUCUAAUUGAGGCAUCUUACGCUAACUUUAGGAAAGACAGUUCGGACAGGAAAACGAAGCUUGAAUAUUUUAAAACACGUUUAGACACAUUAAACUUAUUAUGGAGUGAGUUCCAGUUUAACCAUGAACAGUUGGGUAUGGUGGAGAGUCAAUUUAGUUCGUAUUUUACUAACAGGAUUUAUGAGAGUACUAAGGAAUCAUAUACCACUUUCCACGCCAAGCUAACAGCAGGGUAUCAAGAAUUAUCCGAGAAAAACAUUGAAUCUAAGACCGACCUGAACGCUUCAAGUACAAGCACAUUAACAACCGUUAACAGAGAACAAGCAGAGACGGCUGCUAAAGGCGAUGCGCCAGGAUCCGUCGCCGAGGUAGGAGGAAACAUAUUUGGGAAACAGCAGAGGGGAACCGAAAGUAAGAUGGACGAGAUGAUGCGUAAACAACAGGCUAACAUAAAAGCCUUCGCGCGGACCGUGAAUAACAUUCAGAUUGACCUAUUAACAGAGAAAUGGGAGCUAGAGGAUACUCUCAAAACAUUGGAGGCUCGUUGGUCGGCUAUCGACAAUUUACACUGGGAAAUGGAAAGCGAGGGUUCCCUAGGUGAUUCGGCGUAUGAAAGUGUGUUUAACAUGCAUGAAAAUACUUAUAACAUGAUGAAGAAAAAUAUUAACAAAAAGGUGUGGUCUGUAAAACAUAAGAUUAUUCUAGAUGGUAAAAUAAACGGUGAGGAUGAGUACCAACCUCUGGCGCAGGAGAGUCAACUUGGGUGGCUUUUAAGCGGAAAUGACGAAGAAGAACUGGAAACCUACCGUUGUAAUAUAAUUAUAAACAACUUAGAAGAGAUACAACAGUUUUGGGAAGUGGAAGACAUAACAGAAGAGGGAAACUUAUCACAGGAAGACUUGGAAUGCGUAAAGCACUUUGAAGAACACACGAAGAGAACAGUAGACGGAAGAUACGAAGUACGCAUUCCUAUGAAACCUAACUUUCAAGAAAAAUUAGGAGAGUCCAAGGCAAACGCAAUAGCCCAAUUUAAACACAUGGAAAACAAGCUCCAAAAACAGAACAAAUUAGCUGAAGCAUACAAAGCUUUCAUGAAAGAGUAUAGUGACUUAGGACAUAUGAAACCUUCCUUAAACAACAACAAAGUGGAAUGCUAUUUGCCUCAUCACAUUGUGGAACGCGCAGAAUCCUUAACUUCAAAGUAUAGAGUGGUGUACAAUGGGUCUAGCAAAACAUCAACAGGAUACUCAUUGAACGAAUUAAUGUACAGGGGCCCAAAUUUACAAAAAGACAUACAAACAUUGCUAUUAAAAUGGAGACAGUACGAGUUUGUGUUCUGCGCUGACCUAGAAAAAAUGUUCCGUCAGAUCUUAGUGCAUGAAGAUGACCAACACCUUCAGAAAAUCAUCUGGAGAGACGAGCACGGGAUACUACAAUCAUUUCAGCUUACAACAGUUACAUACGGAACAAAAAGUGCAAGCUUUUUAGCCAUGAUGACACUAAAAAGGCUAGCACGUGACGAACAGGAAAACUACCCAGAAGCGUCCAAAGUUUUAGAAGAAUCGUUCUACAUGGAUGAUCUUAUACACGGUUCACAUUCCAUAGAGCAAGCAAUAAAACUGAUAAACGACAUUAUCGACUUGUUAAGAACAGCGGGAUUUAACUUACGAAAAUGGUCCUCAAACAGAGAAGAAGUGUUAGAACAUAUACAGAACAAGCAAGACAAUCAAAACCUAACAAUUAACUUUAAACAAGAUGACAUAUCUAAAACACUAGGUUUAAGUUGGAAUCCAACUGAAGACGUAUUUACUUUUCAAUGUAAAAUUGAAAAGCAGAAAAACAAACCAACAAAAAGAACCCUUCUAUCGGACAUCUCCAAACUCUUUGACCCACUUGGCUGGCUUGCCCCGCUCAGCAUAAAACUCAAAAUUUUAUUCCAAAAAGUAUGGAAACAAACAGUUCAAUGGGAUCAGCCCAUCCCAGAUGACAUACACUUAGAAUGGUCCAAAAUACAGGAAGAAAUUCACUUAAUUAACGAUUGCAAAAUACCCAGAUGGUUGCUAUGUAAACAGAAUGACGUAAUUCAACUACAUGGGUACUGUGACGCAUCGCUAGAAGCAUAUGGGUGUGUAGUAUAUGCACGAACUGAACAUCAAACAAAAACAAUUCUGGUCGCAGCAAAAACAAAGGUCGUCCCACAGAAGAAACAAUUAACACUGCCGAAACUUGAAUUAUGUGGAGCGCAUCUUCUAUCAAAACUAAUGGCAAAAAUAAAAAUAUCUCUACAACAGCAUACUGUGGAAACGUUUGGUUGGUGCGAUUCAAAGAUCGUCCUCGGAUGGUUACAAGGACAGCCAAGCCGCUGGAAACCAUUCGUCGCCAAUCGAGUAGAACAAAUAAAACAGGUGAUGACAGAAGAACAAUGGCGUUAUGUGAAAUCGUCAGAAAACCCCGCGGAUGCUGCCAGCAGAGGACAAACAGCAUCUCAGUUAAAAGACAACUCUUUAUGGUGGUCAGGACCAACAUGGUUAGCUGAUUUCCAGCCAGAACACGAAAGUUGUCAAAAACCAACAUAUCAUACAACAGAAGAGGAGAAAAAAUCCUAUGUAUCAAAUGUGGGCCAAAACAAUAACAAGCAAGAUAUUAUUCAUGAUUUAUUAAACAAAUAUAGUUCAAUUACAAAAGUAACAAGAAUCGUAGCCUACAUAUUGAGAGCAUUCACUUUGAAGCGAAAACGCUUACCCAGCUAUCUAACAUUACAGGAGUUGCGAAAAGCUAAACGAGCUAUAAUUAAAAGCGUGCAAAACAAAGAAUUAGAAGAAGAUAUUGAACAUUUACGCAGGAAUAACAAAGUAGAAACAAGGAGUAAACUUUUCUCAUUAUAUCCAUUCCUGGACAACGAACAUAUACUUAGAGUAGGAGGACGCCUCGAAGAAGCGCAUUUACCUUACGAAAUGAGACACCCAAAAAUCAUUCCAAAGGAAUCACGUCUUGCUACAUUACUAAUAGAACAUGCCCAUAUCAUAACACUUCACGGAGGCGCCAAGAUUACAUCAAGCAAGUUGAGAGAAGAAUACUGGGUGAUGGGCGGAAACAAUAGAGUAAAACAACAAGUUAGAAAAUGCGUCAAAUGCCAAAAGAUCGAUGGGCAAAAACAGUAUCAACUCAUGGGUGAUCUACCCGCCGCCCGUGUCAACGAAGCAAAACCAUUUUUUCACACUGGAGUGGAUUACACAGGGUUUGUUGACAUAAAAGCUAGUAACACGCGAGGAAGUCGAACACUGAAAGGUUACAUUGCAGUUUUUAUCUGCAUGGUCACAAAAGCAGUACAUUUAGAGCUCGUAACAGAACUAACAAGCUCAGCAUUCCUGGCAGCUCUAAGAAGGAUGGCCGCCAGGAAAGGAGCCCCAAAGCACCUAUACUCAGACCAAGGAACCAAUUUUAUAGGCGCGAAUAACAUAUUAAAGCAACAGUGGAAGGAAAUACAAAACACGUUCGACGAUAACUUCUUAGCAGACAUUGCCGAGAUGGAAAUUGAGUGGCAUUUCAAUGCCCCAUCCUGGCCAAGUGCUGGUGGCCUCUGGGAACGAGCAGUGAGGAGUUUGAAACACCAUUUAAAACGUGUAGUGGUUUGCCGGAAAAAACGUUGCCAAUGGAGACCUCAAAAAACUCCAGAAUUUACAAGCAACUCAGAGGAACCAACAGCAGCAAGCAACAUCUCCGUGAGACGCCAGGUGAACCUGCCGCCGCCGCCGCCGCCGCCCCGAGCGAGCGCGAGCGCAGCCUCCACGCCGUACAACACACGUCACACCAGCACCGGUGACAUCCAUCCGCCGACACCUCGAAUUAACUCCCCAGCAACAGCGAUGACGUCCACCGUCGCGUCACCGGACCGGUUACCGGCGACGGGAACGAACGGCCGGCCCGCGGGGGACGGCAGAACAAAAAUUCGCUCGCUUAACGCGCUACCCAUGUCGCGCCGCGUCAAAAAUAAUUGUUAA